AUGGCCUUGUGCCCCCUUAUGGCACUGGCAGCCCCCUCAACUCCUGAACUUGAUAAGAGAGCAAUCACAUGUUUGAAGGUCGGCGCAACGGCAACGGCAAAAUGGACCAACAGUGCUGGUAAAUCAUGCACGUUCACCGGUGUAGUCGGAAGCAACUAUGGCACCAACCUCGCAGGGUCUGGAGAUUACUCCUGCAAUGGCCGCUGCGGUGCGGGAUGUACUGGAACUGCCGUUGGCAACGUCUACACACAAGAUUGCUUCUCUCACGAUAUUUGCUCAUACUUCAACAGCGCCAGUGGCGGUGCUAGUGACCCCAAUUGUGGCGCCGCGUACAACGCUGCUGUCGACGAUACUGCGUUGGGUGCCCUUAAUGGCUGUGGACAAACAAACCCUUCAAAUGCGGUAUCGAAGCCUUCGACGCAACCAGUCUGCAGUUGA